AUGUCCCAACACAGUCCCUUCAAUAGCAGCUUCUUCCGCUCAGGAGUCCUUAUCAUCGCUAUCCUUGGCCUCUUCCUCCUCUGGGCAGCCGGCAGCCGCGGGCCUCAGGUCUAUCUAUCUAUCGUAAUCGCCAUGCUUGUCGUGGGCUCCAUUCUGAGCGCCUAUGUCUUGCUGUGGCUUUACCUGGAAGAACGUUCACGCCCCUUUGCCAACGUCAACGUCAACAUCCCCAUGACUGAGCUGGAACCCUACGACAGCUCCGAAGACGAGAACCUCAACGUGCACUAG